CGGCGAAAGGAGAGUCCGCUCCUUGUGGUCUUCCCGGCGGCCAGGCUCUGCUGUUUCCCCGUGGCGGGCGGCGGCGAGUAGAGCGCGGCGGGUGGUGACAAUGCAAAACCCUCGUCCCCCCUACGCGCACCAUCAGCUGCAGCAGCACCUCGCCUCCCUCCUCUCCGCCGCCGCCGGCGACCCCCCGCACCCCUCCGACGACGCCUCUCGCGCCGCUGCCCUCUCCAGCCUCCGCCUCUCCCUCCUCCACCAACCCAACCGCUCGCUCCUCCCCUCCCUCGCCCCCUUUCUCGCUCCGCCUCUCUCCGUGCUCCUCGCCGACGACGCGUCCUAUGCCGUGCGGCGCGCGGCUGUGGCGGCGUACGCUGCGCUCAGCGCGGUGCUGUGCGCGCACGAGGCGCCCGGGGGUCUGCCGGACGGGUUCGUCGCCUGGGCGCUCCCACUCCUGGGGGAGCCCGCCUCGGCCCCACUCGUCGCUGAGGGGCUCAGAGAGCUCCUAUCCACCGGCGACGUGCCCGCGGUCGAGCGUUUCGUGCCACCACUCCUUGCCUCCUGCCGUGACGUGCUCGAGGAUGACCGGACGUCACUCGCCGUGCUCAGGUGCCUGCUCGGCCUGCUCACGCUGGUUGCCGCCAAGUUCCCCCACUGCUUCCGUCCGCAGUUUGUCGAUAUUGUGGAUUUGCUCCUUGGGUGGGUGUUUGUCCCAGACCUCGCUGACACUGAUUGCCGCACGAUCUUGGAUAGUUUCUUACAGUUCCAGUGGCAUUGGCUUGGUAAUCUGCAGUUUUCGCUUGGACUGUUGCCCAAAUUCUUGGCUGAUAUGGAGGUGCUUGUGCAAGAUCCCAACCUUGCGGCCAGCCAUAACUCUGGGCGGCUUCGUCCCCUCUUUUCUUGCUUCUCCACGGUAUUGCAGAUCAUGGCAUCUGGUGUGGCUGAGAGAAAUAACCUAAGGGAACUUGUAGUAGGGCCACUUGAGGGGUUGGCUCCUCAACUUUUAAGGUGCGCAUCAGUGAUAGCUUCGAAGCUUGGUUGGUCUGAGAGGAUGGAAGAAGCAUCCAGAUGUUUGGUCUUGCUCGCAGAGAUUCUGCAGGAAAGGUUUGCUGAAUUCUAUGUUAAGUUUGUGGAUGUGUUGGUCCAGAGUUUAGAAAAUGCUUCAUCACUGCAGUUGGUGGCAGCACUUAAGACUAACCUGCAAGUGCUGUCACUGCAAAAUUUGGGGCUCCGUGCAACUGCUGUAGAAUACUUGCUUGACUUCAGCUCACUUUUAUCUCGGCUACGUCUUCAUCCAAACCACAAUGUGGUUGUAAACUCAUCAGCCACCUACCUUUUUUGCCUGCAACAUGGAUCGGAAGAUGUAAUUGAUCAAGCCAUUGCAUCAUUGAUGAAAGAGUUGGAGCUAUUGAAAUCUCUGCUUGAGAAGGUGCAAGUAAGCAACCUUGAUAUCCAGAGUCUCUCUUUAAAUAAUAACACUUUGGCAGGGCACUCAGAGCAUCAGUUGCUUUCUAUAAUGAAAUUCGAUUUGAAGAUUCUACUGGCCACUAUUUCAGCCGAUUAUGAAAAGAGUAACAUGAGAGUAACUAGUCUGGCGUCAUUCAUUUCAGAGAAGCUUGACCCAUUUGGCGCCCCUUUUCAUGAUUUCCUUGAGCUGCAGUUUCAAAUUUUCUCUACACUUCACAAACUGAGUAAUGUGGAACUGUCAAGUAAUAUCAAAACAUCUGAAGUAUUUAAAAAAGGUCCUGGUGAUUCAGGUAGUCAAACUCAGAUGAUUGCUGAAUCAAAGAAGUCCUUUUGUGACUGUAAAAUGAAGUUCAUGCAUAAAUAUGGAAAACACAUAGUUCGGGGCCUUAAUGCGUCAUCAUCCAUGACACUAAAAUUAGACGCUCUAGACUGGAUAGAUUCGUUUGCAAAAAUGGUUCUUACCAUGGAAAGGGGUCUCGAUAAGGUCGGUCUCUCACAUGAGGUCUUUGGGGAUGCUACCGUUGCGAAUAAUGUCCUUUUCACCAUCUUGGAUUGUGCAUAUGAUAGGGAGACUAAAGUAAGAUGCCACGUUGCAUUAUCCUUGGAAGCACUCUUUCUGGGUAGGCUCAUUGAUCCCAUGAGUUUCUCAGUUGUCGCACAGGUUCUUCUUGACAAGCUUAGUGAUCCAGAUAAUGAUGUGAAGAAUGGAUUUCUGAGGUUAUUUUCAAUUGCUCUGCCAAUUACAACAUACACAUUUGGCUUGCUUGAGGAUGGACGUAGUUUUCAGAAUUCCCUAGAUACUUCUAACAGUAGCAAGGAUUGCAUGAGUUUGAGGCAUGUGCUUGCUGUGAAGCAACAGCCUAGGAAACUCCAUUGGCAGCAGCUUGUUUCUAUUUUGAGUUACCUUUCUCUCAGAUUGAAGUUGCCUCUUUCUUCUUGGGUACAACGGCUAGUCUUUAGUUACCGUGGCAAGAAAGAUAUGUUUUCUGGUCAAAUUGAUGUCUCUGGAGAUGCUGAUUGGAAUGAAUUAUUCAAAUGGCCUGAUGUGGACAGAACUAUUAUUGAUAGGAUGUAUUCAGUGAACAAUCUUGCUGCAGUUUGGUGGGGCAUUCAUGAAGCUGCACGGCACUGCAUAAACCUUCGGCUUCGAACUCAUCUCGGUGGUCCCACACAGACAUUUGCCGCCUUAGAACGUAUGCUUUUGGAUGUACCAAAUUUAUUAGCACACGAAUCUAACGAAGGUGAAGGCAGGUAUAUAGGCCCAUCUGACAUAUGCUUAUUACCUAUGCGCCUGCUGUUGGAUUUUGUCGAGGCAUUAAAGAAAUAUGUUUAUAAUGCAUAUGAAGGUUCCUUUGUUCUACCAGCACCUCCAAAAGCAAGUUCCUUAUUUUUCCGAGCAAACAAACGUGUAUGUGAAGAGUGGUUUUCUCGAAUUUGUGACCCAAUGCUGAAUGCAGGAUUAGCUUUGCAGUGCAGUGAUGCAGUGAUUCACUACUGUUCAUUGCGGUUGGUGGAUCUCAGAAACCUUGCUGCAUCAUCUCUCAAGGACAGCAGUCGCAUGGGAGGAGUUACUGAAAGUCAUCAUGCUCUUAGAGAGAGGCUGGAAGUAGAUGUUCUGAAGGUCUUACGACAUGCUUCUCUGGCAUUGUGCAGGUGCCAUGAAACAGAUGCCUUAAUUGGACUUCAGAGGUGGGCUGUGUCAACAUACUACACGUACUUUGAUCUAGACAAGCAACUAAUGAGGGGUGUAUCUGAUAGCCACAAGCACUUCUUUUGGAUGUCGGGACUCAUCUAUCAAUCCCAGGGGCAGUAUGAAAAGGCUGCUGCACAUUAUUCCCAUCUUCUGCAGUCUGAGGAAGCCCUUACCUCCAUGCAGUCUGAUAUCAUCCAGUACAUCAUAGCACGUGUUAUUGAGUGCUACACAGCGCUCUCUGAUUGGAAAUGCUUGGAGGGCUGGCUUGCUGAGUUACAAGAGCUCCGUGCUGUACAUGCUGGCAAACCUUAUUCAGGCGCUUUAACGAGUGCUGGCAAUGAGCUUAAUGCUGUUCAUGCAAUGGCAUGCUUUGAUGAGGGGGACUUUCAUUCAGCUUGGAGUUAUAUUGAUUUGACUCCUAAAAGCAGCAGUGAGCUGACCCUCGAUCCCAAGGUUGCACUUGAGAGAAGUGAACUAAUGCUGUUGCGUGCAAUGCUUCAAUCUGACAGCAAGCCUGACAGGUCACGAGAGGAUCUAGAUAGGGCUAAAUUGAUACUGGAUGAAGCACUCUCUGUGGUCCCACUCAAUGGAUUAACUGAAGCUACAGCAUGUGCUGGCCAGCUUCAUUGCAUCUUUGCAUUUCAAGAAGCCACUGGGUUGACCAGCCAAAAUGGACCUAAUCAAUCACCUCAACUCAUGGAUUAUGUACAGAGGCUAUUACAGGAUCCCAUCGACAGGAUCCAUCAAGAUUGCAGCAUGUGGAUGAAGGUUUUAAAAGUAUAUCGUACUACACAUCCAUCUUCGUUACCCACUCUUCUUCUAUGUCGCAAGCUUGCUAGUCUUGCUAGAAAGCAGAGCAACUUUAUGUUGGCUGGCCGCUUAAAUCAGUACCUCAUAAACCACCCUUUGGAUUCAUCCGAUGACAUGGACAAGCAAAUGCUUACUUUGAACAUUAAGUAUGAAGGUGCCGUGCUAAAGUAUCACGAAGGAAAGAUUGAGGAGGCUUUAACUGAUCUAUGGUUGCUGGUUCGACCUAGUGUUCUUUCUACAGGUAAUGAUUCAUCUGGCAUCGACAAUUCACUGAUUGCUAAGGCUUGUUUGAAACUCUCAGCCUGGAUAGAGCAAGAGAGUUCAACUCCUACUCUGAAUGCGGUCCUUCCAAAGAUGAUAAAAGAUUUUAGUGAUUUUGAUGGCUUUCGAAAUGGGGCAGAGAAGUUUUUGUCUGGUGAUAGUGGGUCAGUUUCCACUUCAAACCAUGAUGCACUUGCCCAAGAAAUCGUGGGAAGUGCACGAAAGAUAUCCUGGCAACUUUGUCCCAGUAUGGGCAAGGCAUGGCUUUCUUAUGCAUCCUGGUGCUUUACUCAUGCCAGUCGCUUUCUGUCUGGACCUGAUUCAAAUUUGCAGAACCAGUUGUCCUCCAUUCUCCAAUCAGAACUCUCUCCAGAUAGAUAUCACUUGACAGAUAAUGAGAAGUCUGAGGUGGAGCGAAUAAUAAGAAGUUUCUGCGUAAAUAAAGAUGCAGAUUAUGCAGAUCAUAAUUUCCCAGAGACUACAGGAUGCAGUUACAAUUCUGAGCAGGAGUACUCCAUUACUUCACUAAUUGAACAUGCAACUCGUCUGUUAGAAACUGCAGCUGGAGCACCAGGUUCUGAGGCCGGUGAUGGUGACGGUGCCUAUGCAGUGCUAUCAUCAGAUCUAACAAUUCUCUUUUGUAAAUGUGAUUCUACAAAGGACAAUGCCAUGCCUUUAAUUGACAAACUUAUUGAAAUUUGGUGGUCUUUAAGGCGAAGGAGGGUAUCACUUUUUGGGCAUGCUGCAAAUGCUUUUUUUCACUACCUUUCUCAUUCAUCUACUGAGCUUCAACCUUCGUAUCACCGUGAUUCUUUGAAAGGGAAAACAAGGGGGUACACUCUGAGAGCAUUGUUGUAUAUCCUUCAUAUAAUUCUGAACUAUGGGGUGGAGCUGAAGGAAACACUUGAGAGCGGACUUUCAUCAGUUCCUUUGUUGCCAUGGCAGGAGAUUGUACCACAACUUUUUGCUCGCUUGAGUUCCCACCCAGAGAAGAUAGUAAGGAAACAGCUGGAGAGCAUAUUGGUGAAGCUAGGGAAACUUUCUCCUUGUUCUAUCGUAUAUCCUACAUUAGUUGAUAUUAAUGCUUCUGAAGGAGAACCCUCCGAAGAGCUUCAGCGGAUAUUGGACUUUCUGGUUAAGCUAUAUCCCAAAUUAAUUAAGGAUGUUAAGCUUGCAAUUGAUGAGCUAGGAAUGAUUACUGUUCUUUGGGAGGAACAAUGGUUGAGCACCUUACAAGAUCUUCAUUCAGAUGUUAUAAGGAGAAUCAAUAUACUUAAAGAGGAAGCUGCAAGGGUUUCUGCGAAUUCAACACUGACUUCAGCUGAAAAGAACAAGAUCAAUGCUGCAAAAUAUUCUGCUAUUAUGACUCCGAUUGUUGUAGCCUUGGAACGUCGUCUAGCGUCUACAUCUCGUGAACCAAGAACAUCUCAUGAGAUGUGGUUCCAUAAGGAAUAUAAUGCUCAGCUGAGAUCUGCAAUCACAACCCUUAAGAUACCCCCUGCAUCUUCAGCAACAUUAGGAGAAAUUUGGCGACCUUUUGAUUCAAUUGCAGCCUCUUUAGCCACUCAUCAAAGAAAAUCAUGCAUAUUGUUAAGUGAAAUUGCUCCGCAGCUAGCAGCAUUGUCAACCUCUGACAUUCCAAUGCCUGGUUUUGAGAAGCAAAUACUUGGUUCCCCAGAAUCUUCUUUUGCUGGAAAUCAUGGCACAAUUACAGUAUCUUCCUUCUGCAAAGAAGUAACAAUACUUUCAACAAAGACAAGACCUAAGAAGCUAGUUUUGCAAGGAUCAGAUGGACAUAAGUAUAUCUAUCUUCUCAAGGGACGGGAGGAUUUACGUCUUGAUUCUCGGAUCAUGCAGUUGCUGGAGGCGAUAAAUAGCUUCUUGCAUUAUUCUUCUGACACUCGAAGCCGAGAUAUUGCAAUAAGAUUUUAUUCUGUUACACCAAUUAGUGGACGAGCUGGGCUGAUCCAGUGGGUAGAAAAUGUAAGCAGCAUCUACAAUGUGUAUAAGUCAUGGCAGAAACGUUCUCAGGUGGCACAAGCACAGCUAUCUUCAGUUAGCAGCGGUAAUGUUCAAAACUCAGUUCCACACGUUCCACGCCCAAGUGAUAUGUUCUAUGGAAAAAUAAUACCUGCAUUGAAAGAAAAAGGGAUCAAAAGAGUAAUCUCACGAAGGGAUUGGCCUCUAGAUGUUAAGAGAAAGGUUCUGUUGGAGCUUAUGAAGGAGACCCCAAAACAGAUUUUGUGGCAAGAAAUGUGGUGUUCAAGUGAGGGGUUCAGAAAUUUUAACUCCAAAGUAAAGAGAUUCUCUAGCAGUCUAGCAGCCAUGAGCAUAGUUGGCCAUAUCCUGGGCCUGGGAGAUAGACAUUUAGACAAUAUCCUUAUGGAUUUCAGUAAUGGUGAUGUGGUUCACAUAGAUUACAACGUAUGCUUUGAUAAAGGGAAAAGGUUGAAGAUUCCAGAAAUUGUCCCAUUCCGUCUUACUCAAACUAUUGAAUCAGCUUUAGGAUUGACCGGAGUGGAAGGUGUAUUUAGAGUUACUUGUGAGACAGUUUUGAGUGCUCUCUUGAAGAACAAAGAUAUCAUCUUAAUGUUGAUGGAAGUGUUUGUCUGGGACCCAUUAAUUGAGUGGACACGUGGAAAUAUGCAAGAUGAAGCAGGAAUAGCCGGUGAAGAGAAGAAAGGAAUGGAACUAGCGGUUAGUUUAAGCAUGUUCUCUUCUAGGAUUCAAGAAAUUCGUGUUCCUUUGCAGGAACACCAGGAUCUUUUUGUUACUAACUUGCCAGCUACACUAUCUGCUCUAAAGAAAUUUUUGGAUACUCUAGAUCAAUACGAGGUUAUAUCUGCUAUGUUUUAUCAUGUUGAGAAAGAGAGGUCAAGUGCUUUACAUAAUGAAACGUCAGCAAAGUCAAUCUUUGCCGAAGCUACUUCAGUUGUCGAAAAAUCCUGCACUUCGUUUGAGCUUCAUGCUCAUGAGUUAGCUGAAGCGAAAGCUGCAACAGUUGAUGAAGCAAAUAAACUUGCAAUAUGGGUUGAAAAACAUGGAAGGGUUCUUGAGGCUAUACGGGACAAUUCAAUUACAGGAGCAGAAUCAUGUAUGCAACUAGACAGCAAGGACGAGGCCUUAAGCCUUAUUUCGGCUGUCCUUGUAUCGGGAGUUCCCCUUACAGUUGUACCAGAUCCAACUAGAGCACAGUGCUAUGAGUUGGAUAGGGAGGUUUCUCAACUAAUCACUGAGUUGCAUGAUGGGCUGUCAUGUGCUUUAGAGGCCCUUGGUGAAUAUGCUUUAGUCUUGCAGCAAGUUCUUCCAGUUAACUACAUCACGACCAGUCCAAUUACUGGUUGGGCACAAGCUUUGCAGCUCUCCGUAACCAGUUCAUCACAAGAUAUGCUCACUCUUGCCAAAAGGCAGGCGGCAGAAGUUAUUGCUAAGGUUCAGGGUGAAGGUAUUAAUCUAGUGCAGCAAAGAUACCGGGAUCUCUUAAAUCAAAUGGAAAGUUAUGUUGCAUGUGUGGAAAGAAUUGCAACGGAAUGUUCUGAACUGAUGAACUCUGUUGGAUUGAAUAAUGAAGCACAAUCUAAAGAUCGGAUACUUUCUGCAUUCGUGAACUCUGUUCAAUUACUAUCACAAAAUAAUGAUGAGGAUAGCAUUUCUUUCUCGCAGACAGAUAAUUUGGAGGUAAAAACUCAAUCUCAGGAAGAUGUACAAGAGAAAACAAGUAAGGUUCUAUCAAUUCUUGGGAUCGCUGUGGGCAAGCUAUAUAGUGAGGUUAGAACCAAAGUGUCCGAACUCUCAAGUAAAGCUGUUAGGAUAUCUAAGUUUAGGACAGAUGAAGCUGGUGUUCAAGCUGAUGCUGGAAUGAAUUUGCAAUUGAUUGAUCAGCAAAUCGAAAAAUGUGCGUUAGUUUCAGGAUUUGUUAAUGAAGUGCAUGAAGUGAUAGGGAUAAAAAUAGGUGAAAUGAACACUGAUUAUACAAAGCCUCGGCCUGGGCAAUGGGCUUCUACUUUUCAGGCCAUUUUGCACUCAAGUACCAACAUGAUUGAACAAAUGACUGAAGUUUUUCUUCCAGAAAUUAUUAGAUCAUUUGUCUCAUACAAUUCAGAGGUAAUGGAAGCCUUUGGUUCAGUAUCUCGGAUACAUGGUUCUGUUGACACAGCUCUACACAAAUUGACUGAGGUAGAACUUGAGAGAGCAUCACUGUCUGAAUUGGAACAGAGCUACUUUGUGAAAGUUGGCCGAAUCACUGAGCAGCAAGCAGCUCUUGAAGAAGCUGCCAUGAGAGGCAGAGACCAUCUAUCUUGGGAAGAAGCAGAGGAACUAGCUUCACAGGAGGAAGCCUGUAGGGCACAAUUGGAGCAACUGCAGGAAACUUGGGGUCAGAAAGAUAUGAGGAUUUCAUCUCUUAUAAAACUGGAAGCCAAUGUCAUGAAUUCGUUACUUUCUUCUGAACAGUAUUUCUCAUCUUUGGUGAAUAUUGAUCAGGAAAAUGAAUUUCAUUCGAGAAGCAAGGCUCUGCUUUCAAUCUUGACUAAAGCCUUUGCUGACCUGGAAUCACUUGAUCAUAUGCUAUCAUCACGUGGGGCGUUUACUUCUCACAUAGAUGGAUCCCUUUCUAACCUAAGAGAUGUUUUGGCUGCCAGUUCUUCAUUAUCUGAUGUGAUGUGGCCUUUAUCUGGCUUGUUGAAGGAUCAUACCUUUUUUGUUUGGAAACUCAGUUUGCUUGAUUCAAUUCUUGAUUUGUGCAUGCGUGAGAUUUCAUCUUCUGUUGAGCACAGUUUUACUACCAACCAGCUUUACAUUACUCUUAAAAAGAAGCUUGCAAUCCAUGUAGAAGAACAAAUUUGUCAAUAUAUUUUUAAAAGGAUUGCUCCUGCACUCAUCCUACAUUUAGACAAAGAAAUUCGUGACUUGCUGCAAGUGAGCCAAGGAAGAAGAGAAUCAGGUCAACCUAAAAGAGAUUCCGCUGCUGUUGGACGGGCUGCAGUAAUGCUUGAAGAGUACUGUAAUGCUCAUGAGACAGAUAGAGCUGCCCAGACUGCAAUUUCUUUAAUGAGAAGGCAAUUAAAUGAGCUCACAGAGGCUUUACGCAAAAUUGUUUUGGAAAUAGUUCAGGUUGAAUGGCUGCAUGAUCUUUCAUCACCUCAUGCACAGAAAGCCAAGGUGUUCUCACAAAAUAUUCUUAAGGAUGAUAAGUUCAUCUCCAUGCUUUUAAACCUGAGCAGAAGCAAUUUGUUAGAUAAGAUCCAAUCUUCGGUGUCAUUGGUAACAAGAUCAAUUGAGUGCCUGCAAGCUUGUGAAAGCACUUCAGUUUCAGCUGAAGGACAACUUGAGAGAGCAAUGGGAUGGGCCUGUGCCGGUCCAAAUACUUCUGGAGCAGGUGGUUCAACUGCAAAGGGUUCAGGAAUCCCCCCUGAGUUUCAUGAUCAUCUAUUGGGAAGGAGGAAACUGCUUCGGGAAAUCCAAGAACAGGCUUCUGAUCUUGUAAAGUCUUGCUCAUCUGUUUUGGAGUUUGAAGCAUCUAGAGAUGGGCUUUACUUGAUUUCUGAGGACAAAUCUUCUGGACAAUCUACUGACAAAGGCAGGGCAUGGCAUCAAACUUUCCUGAAUCUCCUGACACGUCUAGAUGCAGCAUACCAUUCCUUUACAUGUGCAGAACAAGAGUGGAAACUUGGCCAGCUAAACAUGGAAACUGCAGGAAAAGGCUUGUAUUCAGCAACUAAUCAGCUUUCUGUAGUCUCUGUUAAGGCGAAAUCUGCUUUAGUCAACCUGCAGGAUACUCUUGUAGACCUGUAUGAACGUGCCUGUGAAGUCAGUUCCUCAUUAUCUGGAUUCAAACAUAUUUCACAGGAUCGCACUGCCUUGACUGCUGAAUCUGGUUCCUUGCUCGAGGAGGUUUUGGCCAUAGCAGAGGGGUUGCAUGAUGUCUAUACUCUAGGAAAGGAAGCUGCUGCAUUGCACAGUUCCCUUGUGACCAAUAUUUCCAUGGCAAACACAAUUUUACUUCCACUUGAAGCUUCAUUAUCAGCUGAUUUAGCUGUUAUGUCUGAAGCGAUGUCAAACGAAAGAGAGAAGAAUAACACCAGUAUGCCUCUUGUUCAUGGAAAGGCAUUAUAUCAAUCUUACAUCAUCAGGGUAAGGGAAGCUUACAAAAAUUUAGAGCCUUUGGUGCCCCCACUUACCGAAUAUGUGAAGGAACUGCAUUCCAUGGUGAUUAAGCUUGGACGCCUCUCAAGUCUUCAUGCCGGGAAUAUUCAUAAGGCUUUAGAAGUUCUUGAAGAAAGUGAAACUGCGAGAUCAGAGGAUAUGCCCUCAGCACGUCCAGAUCUCUUGCAAAGUGAUUCAUCAAUUGAGAAGGAUAAAAGCUCUUCUGGAAGCAGGGAAGGUGCCUCUCAGGAUUUAAUUAUGGACACUGAUGUUUCUUUACAAGAUGAAUGUUGGAUUUCUCCACCAGAGCACUCGUAUACUAGCAGUUCUGAAUGUACAACAGGGUUGACCCAGCUUACUUCUGAGAAUUUGGAGAAAAUAGAUUCCCUUUUAGAUGGCGAUCCUGGAAUAGAAGGUCCUUGUGCUAAUAGUCAAGAAACAAGAGAUGGUAGAACUGAUUCAGAAUCGGACUCUAGUAGCAACAAACAUGCUUCAUUAAAUAAUGUCACGUUGACACAAGCUAGCAAUAUUCAUGAGGCUGAAACCUCUUUGGUGGAGGAGGGGAAAAUCGAAACUGAGAAUAAUAUUGGAGCCUUCAAACAGGUUAGAGGACAAGAAUGCGACAGCAGUGAUAAUAAAUCAUAUUCAGAUUCUGUGACUCGAGCCAGAGGUAAAAACCCUUUUGCUCUGUCCAUCCUGAAGCAAGUAGAGCAUAAAUUACAUGGGUGGGACAUUGAUGGCACCAGGUCCUUCAAAAUUUCAGAGCAAGUUGACCAUCUUGUUAAGCAGGCAACAAGCAUCGACAAUUUGUGCAAUAUGUAUGAGGGGUGGACACCUUGGAUAUGAUUCCAAUUAAAACGAUAUGGCUGUCGUCAUAUACUCUGUCCAGACGAGCAGGUGGUCAUCCAGGAUGCGACAGUGGUGGGAUGGAGCAACUCAUCUUACAUCUCUUCAUGAUGGGAGUUUGGACAGAACGCAAUCCAUAGCAAAAGCAGGAUAACCAUGGCAUAUAAGGCAAAUGUAUGGUUGAUAUGAAUGAAGGUGGGCCAAGUUAAACCGAAGCAAGGCUGUGGUGAACUGUCUAAGCACCCAACAUAAGAGCUAUGGAUGGCUCCAAUCAGACCAAGGAGCACCCCUUGAAGUAGCAUCAGCCUCUUCAUGUCCAAUGUCAUAUUCCUGUAGCUAUUCGCAUACAUUCUGGAGUCCAGACAUCGAAAUCGGGGGAUGCCGAAGCUAGUGCCUCGAUCGUAGCAUGGCAUUCCAUUAGAUUAAAGAACUUGGUAUAGCUGUAAUGCCCCGCGGAUGAGCCUGAAGGAGUUGUGCAAGCACGUUUCAGGAGCCCAACCGUGCACUGCGCCCGCAACACCGUACCGAACUAAUCUGGUUUAGCAAAAUGUACAUAAUACUUGUGCCUGUACUUUUUGGUUUUGGAAGCUCUAUCUAGUUCUGGCCGCAUGGAUUUGGUGUAAAUAAAAAUGUUUAGUCGUGUGCACGCUGAUCCCUGACCAUAUUCCAAAUAUCCCAGUGAAAUAUGGGUGUAAAAACAUUUUAGUAAAAUAUUAUUCAUCCCUCACAUGAGAAUCCUCGGGGUAACUUGUGUUCACUCU